GGUAAGAGUCAUGAACCGAAUAUUCGUAGCUCUGAUAUGCCUUGUCUUGUUCAAGGCCGUUUGUGCGGAAUUGGGAAAGAACAAAGUGGUCGCUUUGACCACAAAAGACUUCUACACUCGUAUUCAAUCCGAUAAGUGGUUCAUUAUGUUUCAUGCACCUUGGUGCCUCUAUUGCAAGCAAGCGAUGCCCACUUGGGAAAGUCUGGCCUCGGAGACGAAAUUAGAGGGGUUCCAGAUCGCGAGCGUUGACUGCGUAUCUGAGUCUCUGCUGUGCAAGAAGUUCAACAUAAGAGGGUACCCGACUUUCAUCCUCGUCGAGAAUGGCAACUACUACGUUUUCAACUCCAAGAGAACCAUCGAAGACUUCUCUAACUUCGCGCUUAGCGGUUACCAAAACGUAGAAUCCAAAGAAAUACAGGUGGUCCAGUUCUCGGACAGAAUUCAGGCAUAUCUGGAGACGUGGCUGAAAUACGUCGGCAACCUGUAUAUCAAUGACUUCAAGACGCUGAUGAUGUACAUCAUCGGGCUCGUUGCAAUAUUUAUCCUAUUGAACGUUCUCUUCUGCAUAGCUAUUAUCAAGAAACUUCGACCAGCCGGCGCCAAGGAGCAGAAGAGUGCCGCUCCCGAUGCCAAAAUCAAAGUGAAUUAGAUUAUAGGUUUAGCUCUUUCGAUGGGGCGUGUGUGGGGCAUGUAUGUGCACCACAAUAAAAAAAAAAAAAAAAAACACAGUCCGAAAAAAAAAA